AUGGGGUUCGGCCUCUAUGUGGCACUUGCCAACGCCGUCGAGAGAGCUGCAUCUAUGACGACCAAAAUGCUCAAAACAAUCAAAGGUAUAAGGAGCCAUGAGGACGACAGCCGUGAUAUUCGGGACAUUUUGCCCAGCAAAACAAUCCAUGAAGACAACUCCAAUGUGACUGCAAUGGGCUUAGUCUCCCGCCCUCUUACCGAAGAUCAAGAGUCGACAGGAGGAUUCUUUGGAGAUUCGUCUACGAUCGCAUUCAUCAAGCAGUUGCAGGAUACUGUCAGAUUGAGGACACCUGGCCCAGAGCCAAUGCAGGAGUUCUCCAAUUAUGGAUCACAGGAAAGCCCAACAAUACUCAAUGAGACCGUUGAUUCACAUGAAUUACUCCCACCACGCCACUUAGCAGACCAUCUGGUUGACCGCUAUUUUUCGAAGAUCCAUACUCUGUACCCAUUCAUACACAAAGAGGCAUUUCUCGCCGCCUAUGAAUCGUUAUGGAGACAAAAUGACAACCCUUCGACUGAGCGAUCAGCAAAUGGCCUAGGUCUCGGAGAUACUAGAGGGACUCGCACGAGCUUCUACUAUGGGCUCAACAUUGUCUUUGCUAUGGGCUGUCAGUUCUCUGAUAUUAUUCAGCACGAGCGAGAGGCCAUAUCCGAGGCAUUUUUCCAUGCGUGCAAACCCGCUCUGGAUGUAGACUACCUCGAAGCUGGCGAUCUUGCCUUAACCCAGACCCUACUUUUGAUGGCACACUACCUCCAAGGCUCCCGGGCACCUAAUCGAUGCUGGCACGUCAUCGGGAUCGCCUGCCGACUCGCUCAGGGCAUAGGAUUGCAUUCUGACGCGGGGAAUGACCAUCGAUCAUUCGCCGAGAUUCAGGUUCGGAGGCGGGUAUACCAUGGUUGUGUGAUGCUUGACCUGGCGAUAAGUAUCAUCCUUGGUCGCCCAGUCAUCGUACCCCAUAAGCAGUGUACACCUUUACCACUUCCUAUUGACGAUCGCUUCCUAAUGGUGGACUCCCUUGUCUGUGAACAGCCGCCGGGGUUAUUCUCCCGCGUGGAGUGGUUUAUUGCAACACUGAAGUUAUAUGAACUUGUCCGAAAAACGUUAAAUACACUUUAUGACAACGUCGGCAAAGACUGCGAAGACGAGCUUGCUGAUCAAAGACAAAACAAGAGGCUGUUCCAGAUCCAAUCUAUCACCCAAAUCGACUCAGAGCUCCAAGAGUUUCAACUCAGAAUUCCUGGUCCGCUUCGUUGGGAUGUACCUGUCCCCGAAGCACAGCAAUACGGGUUCCUCAGAGAAAAGUACCUCCUCAAGGCUAGGUAUGUUGAGAUACACCAACCCUGGUUUAUUACGGGCAAUAACCAUGUUCGUCUAGAUUUCUGUAUUUGA